UCAAAUCUCCUUGGUCUUUGUUAUGUGUUUUGGGCAAUUUGGCUAAUUGGGUGAAGGCCAUGAGUCUUUGUUCCUCUGAUUCAUGAGCAAUGACCCAUCAAGGGAAAAAGUUUUUUUCCCCCUUUUUCUGAUGAACCCAUCAAGAAAAAGUACUGAAAGCUAACAUUAAAAAAAGUGGCUUUUUGAAGGCGUUUAUUUCACUUGGUGCCCACAAGGUCGAACAAAGGAGGAACCUAAACUCAGACAGAAACCAAAUUUCUUCUCCUCCUUCUUAUCCAAUCUUCUCUUUUGUCGCUAUUGAUCGGUUUCUUCCCUUCCUCUUCCGAUUUCUCGAUCUGGGUUUCGUUAAAAAUAGGAUCUUUUUCAGCAAUGAAGGGGAUGAAGGAGAGAUUAGUAAAGAAGCUCAGGCUCAUCACCUCUGUCGGGACGCUGAAACAAGGCUUAGCUCUUCAUCACAGCCCCAAGCACGAAACCAAACUCCAAAAUCAGAUUCAGAGGGAGGAGAAACCAGAAACAGAGACCCACGACUCUCCAACCAGAGAGGGACUCACACCAGAAACAGAGCCUGAGAAGACACAAGAAUCAGCGGAACAAGAUGAAGGAGAUGAUGGUGAUGUUCUGUCGGAGUUUGAAGAGAAAUGUCCACCGGGAGGCGAAGAUUCCGUCGUGUUCUACACGACCAGCCUCCGGGGAGUGAGGAAGACGUUCGAAGCCUGCAGAAGGACGAGGUUCUUGCUGGAGAAUCACAAGGCUUCGUUCCGGGAGCGAGACGUUUCGAUGGAUUCAGGGUACAGAGAAGAAAUGUGGAGGUUACUUGGACAGAAAGUAACCCCUCCGAGGCUGUUCAUAAGGGGGAAAUACAUAGGAGGAGCCGAAGAAGCCGUCGUCCUGAACGAGAACGGGAAGCUGAAGAAGCUUCUGGAAGGAUUAGUGUCGUCUUCUUCCGCUAAAUCUCCGUGCCAAAAGUGUAUGGACGAACGGUUUUUGAUAUGUUCGAAAUGCAAUGGCAGCUCGAGAGUGUUGGUUGUGGAAGAAGAAGAGGGAGGAGGAGGAGAAGGGCAUGAGACGUGGAGAAGAUGCACUGAUUGCAAUGAGAACGGUCUUGUGAAAUGUUCUGUCUGUAGUUAGAUUUCUGAUUUAAAAUUCAAUGUUUUAUGACAAAAACUGAUAAUUGUCGUCUCUACUGGUUUUGUGAGAGACUGUAAUGAUUUGUUUUCAUGUAUGAGAUUUCGAGAUUGACAUGAGUUAGGAUGA